AUGUCCCAUUACAGGCGUAGCUAUUCCCGUGAUGGAUCUUAUGAUGAUUAUAGUUCAAGACGCCACCAUAAAAGGGAAUUAGAUAGAUACGAACAUAAGUAUAGGAAAAGAAGUAGAAGUAGAAGCCAUUAUCGUAAGAGAUAUCGAUCAAGAUCGAGAAGUAGAAGUCGAGGUAGGGACUAUUAUAGAGAUUAUGACAGAGAUAGGGAUAAACGCUCUUUCUCAAUAGAUAAAAACUCAUACUCUAGAGAUAAACGUCAUCAAUCAGAAGCUAGUGACUCAGAGAAGAAAACAGCUAGCUCAUCCUUGACUAGUGAAUUUACAUUAAAGAAGAAGCAAUCGUCAUGGGAUAGCCUAACUCCAGUAUCAAGCAUAAGCCCUGAACUGUGUGAUACAAAAUCUUUGACAAAUAACAAAAAAACUGAACAGUCAAAAGCACAAGAAGAAUCACAGAAAAGUGCAAAGAUAUACAUAGGAGCGUUGGAUCCGAGUUGUACAAUUGAAGAUAUACGAGUCAUUUUCUCAUCAUUUGGUGAUAUUUUAAACAUUGAUCUACCAACUGAUCCUGAAACUAAUAAGGUUAAAGGGUUUUGUUUUGUUGAAUAUAGGAAAAAGGAAUCAGCUGACCUUGCAUUGGUAUCUAUGCAAGGAUUCCAUAUAAAGGGGAAACCUAUUAAACUGGGACGUCCAAAUGUAUCAUCGUCGGGCUCAUCAUCAGGAAUUUGCCCAAUUGGAUAUAAUAACCCACUUUCAAACCCUCUGGCUGCAGGAGCGGUGGCUGCAGCAACACUAUUACAGAACAGAUCAGGAGUUAGAGUUGAUACAAGUAAUGUGUUGACCAAAAUAUCGGCAUCGACUCCAACAUUCACAAUUGGAGCAACUCCACCUGAACUCAAUGGUAAAAGAGUAGUUUUGGAGAAUAUUCCAUUUGAUCUGGCAGCAUCAGAUAUAAGAAGGAUAUUUGAACCUUUUGGAGCCAUUACGGAAUGUGUUUUAUACUCACGUGAAAUGUUACCCGGAGCAUUUUAUGCACUCGGUUAUAUAGACUUUGUAAAUGCAAACGUAGCACAAACAGUUUGCUCUACAAUGAAUGGGUUUGAAAUUGCAGGAUCUAAAAUACAAGUUACGAUGGCACCUGAGUCAUCAGUGGCUGGUACAUCAAACGUCAUUGUAAUCUAUAACAUGGUUGAUCCAAAGCUAGUUGACGAGAAUUUACAAAAUGAGGUAAAAGACGAGUGUAACAAAUAUGGAACUGUAACUUCGGUUUAUCUACACUUUUCGCCAAAUAACGAUUCGCUCUCAGUGUUUGUAGUUUUCAAUACUCCUCAAGAUGCCGAUAGUGCUGUAAGGGCAUUAAACACAAGGUGGUUUAAUGGAAGGCAAAUCAUGUGUAAAACGUAUGAUGCUUCAGCUUACUUCAGUGGGAACUACGACCUGUAA